GUCAAAUGCACUAAAACUUGAAGCAAUAUUAAAAUUAAAUAUGCUAUUGGUGUCCUUUGAAACACUGUAUCAGGUGUCGUCAAUCGUUUGGAUGCCGUCAUUGCUGCGUGUUGUGUCCGGCGGCUUAGGGCAGUGAAUUCAAUAGCUGUCCCCACGGCGCCCAAGGUCAGAGGUGGGCGGAAGGCGGCAAACAUGCUGCCCGGGCCACUCGCGCCCAUCGACGCCAACAAAACACGCGCCCUCACAACGAUCUACGCUCCGAGAAAACUUAAAUCACGGAAACAUAAAACCGCGCAAACUAGGAUGCUGGAAAGCGACAUCCCUGUCAAACCCAGUCUCUCACCCUUCCACCCUCUCCCAGCUAUCGGCCAGAAAGCGGAAAAGACUAAAGUAAUUGUCUUCGAUUUAGACAAACCGAUCUCAUUUCACGAAGUGAUGCAGCCAUUAACGCCUCUCAGGAUACAUAGCUUACGGAAGAAUACUUUUAAAAAUUUCAACACGAAACCACAUUUAAUCCGUGAAAAUACGUAUGAUGUGAUCAAUCCUAUUUACAUUAACGCGCCAACGAUCGAUAAGAAGGAUUGCUCGAGAAAAACAUUUUCGCAACCAACCAAGGAAGUAAAAAUUUCAGCGAAAACGAGAUUUAAAAAUGCCGCUUUGCAGGUUGCCAAGUUAUCGUCAAUGUCUAAAGGUAAACUUCUAUGCUUAAGGGAAAGUGAAACAUUCACCGUAUGCAAAAAUAAUGAUGACACUUGCAGACUGCAGAGGAUACCGAAGAGUCCGGCGCAAAAAAUAAAUAAACUUUCUGAAAUAUUUCAAAGUCUGGAGCUACAGGACCGACAACGAAAUAGAUUGCAGAAGGAAAACAGCUGGUUUUGAUUAGUGUAAGUGUUAAACUGAAUGAAAACUAAGUGAUAACAUGUGGUAAAAUUAUUUUUGUUCUUCGCAAGAGCGCUUGUAUGUUUUUUGCUCUACGCUAACCUGAAAGCGCGUAAUGUUUAAUUAAAGUGUAAA